AUGUUUGGAUCAUCAUCAUCAUCAACAAUCCCUAAACUUGGAAUUAGUGGUGCGACAACCGUUUUAUUCAACCCUGACACUUCCAAAUACACUAUCAACUUUGAUGGAAAAGCAAUUGAGACCACAGUCACUGACAAAGCCACCAUUGUAGAUCAAUGGGUUCAAGAAAUCAACAUUCUAUACGCAGGAAAAUCAUCCGUUGUCGUCGGCUUAGACGUUGAAUGGAGACCACAUGCGAUUUCAUAUCUGAGCAACAAAUCCGCAACAUUGCAACUGUGCAUUGAUGAUAAGUGCCUUAUCUUGCAACUCUUCUACAUUGAUAAUUUGCCUCUUUCUCUCAAAAACUUCCUUAUGAACCCUAAUUUGACUUUUGUGGGAAUUGAGGUUGGUGAUGAUAUUUCGAAGCUUAGAAAUGAGUACGGUCUCAAUUGUGGUCGGCAUGCGGAUAUUAGAGAGCUUGCAAUGAAGAAAUGGCCCGGCCGGUUUCGCCGGCCGGGGUUGAAAGAUCUAGCUAAGGAUUUGGUGGGUUUGAAUAUGAGGAAGCCUAAGCAUGUGAGUAUGAGCAAUUGGGAAGAUAGGGUUUUGAGCAUUGAGCAAGUUGAGUAUGGUUGCAUUGAUGCCUAUGCUUCUUACAAGAUUGGCCACAAUCUUCUCAAUUAG